AUGAUUGGAGAUGGAAGAAAACCAUCAGCACAGACUCACGCGCAAGGCGGAGGAGCAAGCAUCGAGAGUGGGUCUCAUCCUUGGAGUUCAUUCGACGGAAGGAGAAUGAACGCUUCAUCAUCAUCUGAUAGGGUCGAGCGAAUCCGAAGGAAGGCGGAGAGCAAGGGACUAGGCAGAAGCCCGGUCAGAAGCAUAUCGCCGGAGACAACACGUCAUUUCGGAGACGUCGUACGACCACCUCGAAAUUCGUGUCUGGGAGAGAGUCCGUUUUGUUGUACAACACAAAAAUGA